ACAGACAAUCUGUGUUUAUCCUAGAGCAGCAGUAUGACUGUUGUCUUCUGGAUCUGUUGAGAUGGACUGAGGGCUGCGGCGCAGAGGACAGACUAAACAACCCUAAGACUACGUCCACUUGGUAGGAAGUUGAACGCUGGGAGGAAUUCUCCCCGAUCUCGGUCGCCCCCUCUCCUCCUCCUCCGCUCCCGGCCCGACGAGGCCGGGGAAUGUCCCGGCGGCGAGAUGCCUUAUGUGGACCGACAGAACCGCAUUUGUGGUUUCCUGGACAUCGAGGAGAAUGAGAACAGCGGCAAGUUCCUGCGACGGUACUUCAUCCUGGACACACAGCAGGGGAGCCUGGUGUGGUUCAUGGAUAACCCUCAGAACCUGCCCGUCGGUGCAGACUGUGUUGGUUCACUCAAGCUCACCUACAUCUCCAAGGUCAGUGAUGCCACCAAGCAGAGGCCCAAAGCAGAGUUUUGCUUUGUCAUCAAUGCUGGGAUGAGGAAGUUCUUCCUUCAGGCCAAUGAUCAGCAGGACCUUGUAGACUGGGUCAUCGCUCUCAAUAAAGCCACCAAGAUCACCGUGCCAAAGUCGUCAGAAAGCCACCAGAAUUCAGAGAACCAGAAAGUUUUGCCAGACGUCGUCGGGCCCAAGAAGCAAGUUUCCUACAGGACGGACAUAAUCGGUGGAGUUCCCAUCAUAACCCAAACCCAGCAUGAAGGCGGUGACGGUGCGAACAGAUCAGAGCGCGAGGCGCUGCAGCGCUCCCACAGUCAGCUGCCGUACUUCCUGGGCAGGCCGGCUCAGGAACAGAGCGUCAUCAAGUCAGGCUACUGUGUGAAGCAAGGAGCCGUGAUGAGGAACUGGAAACGUCGCUACUUCCUCCUUGAGGAAAACGCUAUGAGCUACUUCAAGUCAGAUUUGGAGAAAGAGCCUCUGAGGAUGAUCCCUCUAAAGGAGGUUCAUAAGGUCCAGGAGUGCAAACAGAGUGACAUCAUGAUGAGAGAUAAUCUCUUUGAAGUCGUCACCACAUCGAGGACGUUUUACAUCCAGGCGGACAGCCCAGUGGAGAUGCACAGUUGGAUAAAGGCCAUCUCAGGGGCCAUAGUAGCUCAGCGGGGACCUGGGCGGUCGGCUGCCACAAUGCGGCAGGCCAGACGGCUGUCGAACCCCUGUAUACAGAGGUAUACAUCUCGAAUCGGGGAGUGCAGCGGCACUCUGCUGCAGCUGUGUACCUGUCUUAGAUGUGUGACAUCCUGCUUGUCUCUCCUCUUCCCUCCUGUCCGCUGCCUGAACACGGCAACCGAUCCACGUUCUACCGCAGCCCAGCGGCUGCCGCCGUCCCUCGCGCGCCCGUACCUGCCGUGCCACCAUGCAACCCAGAGCGGGGCGAUGCUGUCUCGUGCGGCGCACGCCCGCAGCCUGGCGUGGGACAGCGAGCACUUCAUGAGCCUGCUGCCACGCCCCGUUCACAGCCACACGCCAGCACGCCUGUCCCUGCAGGAGACGCGCCUCGCAAAGUGACCUCCCAGCCGCCCGCCAGCAUCACCGUGGCGAGCGCCGAGGAGUCGCCGUGGAGACGCCGAAGCAGCUUCGAGCCCCAGGCGCCCCAGACGCAUCUGGACAUUGACGACACGGAUCUGCCAGUGAGCGAGGUCUGACCGACUCUGAGCUGGACUUGAAAGCCUUCUCCCCUGCACCCCUCGGACACACAGGUCACACCGUGAACCCGGGCUUCGGUUUGCUAAACCAGGCCAUAACACAAACUCUUCGUCGGAGCGCUUCCAUCGACACCGCCGAACCGCACUCCUCUGCCAAAGACGACCCAGCGUUCUCCCAAACUCCCGGACUCUGGAUGGGGUCCGAGCCAAGCUACACGUUUUACUUGUUCUGAAUGAAAUUCAGCGUCAGAGCUUUAUUUUAACACACAUAGGCACAGAGAUUUUUUUUUUCUUUUAGUAAAUUACUUUGUGCCAACUAAAUAAGGGAGCUUUGAACAAUACAAGCUUUUCUCCUCAGUGUUUGAGGGUUUUUAAACUUUAGAGUUCCUUUUUGUUGUUGUUUUUUUAAUUUUUUUUUUUAAAUCCACUAAUGCUAGACUCCCCGGUUCAUUCACACACUAAACAAACUGACACUGGAUAAAAUGGUAAGAAGUUAAUGUUUGCAGCCAAAUGUAUUCCUGCUUGAAAAUCUUCCACUGACCUCUUUGUUUUCAAGUGUCUCUUAAGUUCAGUCUGCAUUUAUAGCUACAUACAUCUUAAUGUGUAAAGCUGCCGCUUGUUCUUUCUCCCACCUUUAGUGGGUUCUCAAUUUGGUUUAUAGAGAACCAAAUCAGAGGCUGAAUACGCUUCUUCUUCAGACUACAUUUUCGUACGCCUUGCUUUGCUGCGUUUUUAAGUGAAAACGCAUUGAACUCGUGUGCAUUUUGACUAAACGGUGAGAGUCUCCCCACACAUCUGCCUCACAGAAAACAUGGAAACACUGAAAUUAGUCACUCGCCUCAUUUGCAUGCAAAUAUCUCAACGACUCUUCAGGUGAUCUUUGUUUGUGUUUGUUGUUUAUUUACAGGCCCGUUUGUUGUUGUGAGUUGGCAGAUUUGUUUCAAAUGCUUUUAGAUUUGAGUUUUCUUGUAUCUGUACCUUCAGUAUAAUUCUAAGCAGCUACCAAACGGUGUUAUUGGAAAAAAAACCCACAAACACACAACUCACUGUAAUCCUACUAGAUAAUGCACACUCAUCUUUAUUUUUCUUUUAAGUGCCUGUCUUACUUCAGUUUACUAAACUCAAGCUAUUUCACUCCCAUUUCCGUCUGGUGUUUGAAUUGUUUCUAUUUAUUAAGUGGAUGACUUGAAAGAAAUAAACACUGAAAAUGUG